CGAACCCAUAUUUUAACAUCCUACUAUUGAUACAUUACUAGAUGGCCUUUUUGUUAAGAAUUAAUUUGUGACAAGGAUUCGUAUGUUAAGGAUUCAAAUCUGGAGGCUUGUAUGGUAAAAACACCAAACUAUAGGGUCCAUUUAGGUCAUUUGCCAUUUUAACCAGAGAGCAAAGUAGGAAGAACAAUUUUUAGUUGGAUCCUCAAAAGGAAUCUCUGCACACUGUGUAUUCUAAGAUAAGCAUAAGCAUCAACUUCAGAUCCUUCACUCCUCCCACCACCACCACCAACUCAUUCUCCUAUCUAAUUUCUCUCCACUCUCCGUCAACCAUCACCAAUUUCCAGCACCGCCGCCGCCUCCGCCGCGAUGGAGAUCCAACAAAAUCUACUCAAGUACAAGCUCCACAUCAUCUCCGCCUCCGUCCUCUCCCUCCUGGCCGUCUCGCUAAUCUACCUUGCCCCGAGAUUGCUCGCCAUUUUGGCCUACUUCUGGCCCCUCUACCUCUCCACCGGCCUCUUCCUCGUCGCCAUCGUCUUCUUCGGCAAGACUUCCCCUCUCGCCGCCGAUCCCGAUCGCUGCGGCGACAAAGCCGCGGAAGGCCUGCUGGACUACGUCGCCGGCCAACCCCCCGCCGUCGAGGCGGAUCCGCCGGAGAGCUUCACCUCCGGCCAGUCGGAACACGAAACCGAUGACUGAAUGUUUCUUUCUCUUCUUAAUCCCUUCCAAUUUUUAUUUUUUUUUUGGUGUUUCUGACUUUCUGUUGGGUUUCUCUCCGUUCCUGUUGACGGGAAGUUGAACGGCGAGAUUGAGAGGAUUGGAGGAAGAGGAAGCGUUUCUUAUUAGUUAAUCAAUGAUAAUUACUACUUUUUUUUUCUUCUUCUUUUUUCCUUCUCCCCGCUGUAUUAUUUUCUGUAUGUUGAUGUUCCGGUCGCCUGAAUUAAUGGUGGUGGUGUGACUGAUGACGAUAAGGAUGGUACGGCGAUGUCUGUAGUGGGCAGGGAAGUGGGUGGGUGAAUUACGAUCGCCAUUUUUCACCACUGUAGUAAGAGCCAAAAAGGGCUUUUUUUUUUAUUUUAACUUCCAGCUGCUGCCACUGCCUUUUCUUGUCUGUAGGAGGAAGCCGUUGCUGCAAUUAAUUGCUAAUCAAGUUGCAGAAUGAGUAACAGUCCAAUUAUUGGGCUUUUAUUUGGGGGGGUGAUUUAGUUUGUAAUUUGAAACUUUCGAUGAUGUAAUGAUGCGUAGUCAAUAGUCAUCUUGUUUUGCUUACCCCAAUAAUAAUAAUAAUAAUAAUAAUAAUAAUAAUUUAAUAAUGCG